AUGGACUCGCCGGUGGAGGAGCCCGCUCUGUCGCUGGAGCAGAUGAAGAGCAAUCUGUUCCAGAAGUUCCAGCGCGAGGGGACCAUCGACCAGAUCCGCGUACAAUUGCGAACGUCGUUCGUGCAAACCCUGCAGAAAGCAUCGCACGCUGCGGCCGUGUCCGCGACCCCCAACCUACAAGAAUGGACGGUCGUAGAGAAGGUUGCCAACAGCAUGAUCUACCAAUAUCUUCAAACGAAACAGCUCAAGCACACGCUGUCUGUGUUCUUGCCCGAAGUUGGUCCUCGCAAUUGCGACUUGCAGCAGGACAUGAUCCACAAACUGCUGCGACAUCCAGCCGUUCCGACCAUCGAUGUGAAUGAAAAUGCAUCGUCGCCGUUGUGGCUGCUCGACAUGCUCCGCGAAAAGGAACAGCGGGCUGAUGUUAUAACACACGACAAUCAAACACAGACGAUAGGGGACGACCAUCGCUUCCUCUUGGAAACGGAACUGAAGCGCAUUGACGACUUGUACUGGAACCAAUGCAUGCUCCAAAAGGCUCAAUCCCACCAGUCCUUUGACGAGCAGCUCGUCGCCUUCCAGCACGAGUACGACGCUCGAAGCCAAGCCCAGAUGCAAAAGGAGAUUGAGCGUAUUCGGGACAUGGAGAUCUCGUUGAUGCGCAUGGAGGAGCGGAAAUUUUACGCCAAGGAAAUGGAUGAUUUGCGAGCGUCACUUCAAGCCGAGUAUGCAACCAAAGCGCAGAGCCUUGCGGACACGGAAGCGCGACUUCGCAUUGAAUUUGCCGAACACCGACAGCAACUCGACUCGGACAUGUUUGAGCUGCGACAGACCCUCCUCCGCGAACUCGACAACGUAAGGUCGAAAGAGCGGCAGCUCCUGUCGUCCAUCGACCUGGAAGCCAUGAAGAGCGCGAAUGAAGCCCGGCGCCUGGCUCUGCUAGAGAGCAACCUGACCCAGCGCGAACGCCAACUCGAUCAAACCCUCAAGGAGGUACAGGAGGAGCGCGAGGGACAGCUCCGGCGGGUCAUGGAAGACGCCGACGCCAAGGUGCACGCACAGACGACAGCAUUACAGGCCAUGCAGCGCCAACUAGAAAAGGAAUCACAGCAGCUGCGGGAGAGCCAAGGCGAGUUCACAGCCAUGGCUCAACGGGUGGCUGUAGUGGAAGGCCAGCUCGCGGCGGCGAGAGGAUUGCACAUGGAUCAAAAGAUGAAACUGGAGCAACUCGAGCGGGAGCGAAUGCAUGUCGACGAGUUGCUCACGGCUAGUCGAGCGUCGCAAGUUGAGAUAUCCACCAAAGAAAACGCGGCGAUAGUUGCAUUAGCUCAUGCCAAAGACACGAUCGCCCGUUUGGAGCGGGAAACGAAAGCAGAACGAGCAGUCUUUGCGUCCCAACUGGCGGAAAAGACCGCGGCAGUUCAAGACGCCCUGGCGCAAGCCCACGCGGCUCAAACCGAGCUAGCUCGAUUGAAAGUUGAUCAUGCCGACGCGAUCGUGUCUGUGAAGCAUGCCGCGUAUGAUGCCAUGGCGGCCGAGCGUCGAUCUGCCAAGCAGGCCGAGGACGCGCUGCACGUCCAACUCCAGGACCUCCAGAACCGGUGCAGCGACGUCGAAGCGCAGUGCCAUCGCUAUCGCACUCAGUGCGAAGACGAACAAGUGCAUGUGGCAUCGCUCCGACACGAAAUUGCAAGCCUGAAUGCGCUGCUCAACACGUUGAAGUACACGUCGCCCGUCGCGUCAGUUCCCGCAAGCGGAUUCUCGAGACGAUUGCCGUCGUGGAUGCCAGCGGCGGACGACAGCGAUGGCUCGCGCAUGAUGGGUGCUCCGGCGCGGCGAGCUGUGGAUCUGGACGACGCUAGGCUGUUUGAAGAGUGGAAGCAGGAGCGCCGGGGCGGACAGCUGCACAUUGACAUGCCGUCAUUCGUGGCAUCUGGAGGCACCACGAGUUCUCCGCCGCAGCGUGCUUUGAUCAACCAAAGCGCGGCGAGCGAUGACAUUAGGAGCAGUCCAGCGACUGCAGACAACUAUUCAGGCCGCCGAAAGCAAGUUGAUGAGGAAGAAGAUGUGACGCGUCAAAGACAGCUGGAAGAGGAGCGCGAUCGCGCUGCUGUCUUGGAGAGACAGCGUCAGGAGCAGGAGCUCGAAGCCAAACGCGAGCUGGAGCAGCGUCUCCUCGAGCAGGCCGCUGCAAGAGCCGCCAUGGAAGCGCAGUUGAAAGCGUCGCAAGAUGCGUUCGACAGACAGUUGCUAGCACAGGAAAAGGCCAAAAACGAAGUGAUCCAACGGUUGCGACUGGAAGCAGAUGCGAAACAAGCCCAAGACGAACGGAAGCGCCAGGCUGACGCCCGAGACAUCGAAGCCCGGCGAGCGGCAGAUGCGGCAGCGGUGCAGGCGGAGAUGGCUGCGAAGGAAGAGGCUCGCCUGCUCGAAGAUAAACACGUCAAGGAAGAGCUAGCAAGACAACUGCAGGAAGCGCAGGACCAGUUGAGUCGCCAGGCCAUUGCUAUUGCCCCAGGAGGCACCUCGCAGAAUCCUUCCAACCAUGCACCUUCCUCGUUAAGCGGGAAGACAAACGGCGGCACCGACAUAUCGAGCACUGUGAGCCACCCAUCCGCCGACUCGGACGCUUGUGUCCGUCAAAUGACUCUACUGGACGAAGAUCGCAGGCACGAGGAACGAGCCAUCGAAGAAGACCGGAUGGAAGCUGCGGUGCAUGAAAAGCUGGAUCGGGAGCAACUGGAAAAGGACCGAAUGCACGCCGAUGAGGUUGAGCGUUUGGAAGCGGCUGCACGCGCUGAAGAAAAGGCUCGGUUAGACGAAGCGGACAAGCGAAAAACAGCGGAGGCUGCUGCAGAGAAUGCAGCUGAGGAGGCACGGCAGCAGGCUGUAGCUGCCCAGCAAAAGCUGCUGGAUGACGAGCGAAACGCCAAAGAACAGCAGCACGAAAAUCAGAAACGUUUGGAGAAAGAGUUACGUGCAAGUCAGGUCUUGCAGGAACAAGAGCGCGCAGAAGCCCAGCAACGCGAGGAGGAAGCUGCCAAGCAGAAAGCACAGGAAGAAGAGAAAGAAGCCGCGCGGCUGAAGCAAGAAGCCGAGUCGAAAGACGUUCAGGAGCAAAAGCAAGAUUUAAACAUCAUCGACGAGUAUCGUCAACGGGCGAUCGCGAGGCGGGCAGAGAAGCUCCGACUCGAGCAGGAAGCAAAAGCAAAGGAACUAGCUCAAGCGAGGGAGGAGGCUGAGAGAAAGCAGCGCGAAGAAGAUGAAGCAGCAGCUGCUGCUGCCACCGAGGUACGAUGGCGACACGUCAGGUCGUUGUAACAUGGUCCAGGAGGUUGGAUCGGAAUCGGGCGAUUCGGUGUUGUCGGUGGGUGGCGUUGGGAGCGACAAGAGGUGCGUACGCUGUCGAAACUGGAGAGCAUGAUGGUAACCUUGCGCACAGUGGAGACGCAAGCGGCGACUCGUUCUAGAGCGAUACAGUCGACGCAAACAGCCACACGGUGAAUCCCCUCUUCGAAAUGGAUCGUCGCGGGCGUUAAGACUGGGCUUUCGAGGCGCAUCGCGCACGCGACUUGAUCUUGAAUCGAUCAUGCCGACAAACCCCCACUUGCCCGCAUCAUGUAGUGCUUGGUUUGAAACGAUGUAGUCGGCAGCCACACACAGCAACUAUUUCCACAACCACCGGCUGGAGAUCCCGUCGCCGCCGUAACACAGACGCGGCAUGAACUGUAUUGCAGCGGGGAACUCCUGCAAUUGAACUUGCUUGAGGGCGUCCGGGACUUCUGCGUUGUACUGGCAGCGCCUCGCCGACAGGAUGCUGGC